AUGGCCGCGCGCCCCGCCCGCCCGGCCCGCCCGGCCCGCGGGCUGCUGGCGCUCGCGCUGUGCUGCGCGUGGGGGGCGCUGGCCGCGGCGACCCCGCGCGCGGGCCCCGGCUGCCCGAGCCGCUGCCUGUGCUUCCGCACGACGGUGCGCUGCAUGCAUCUGCUGCUGGAGGCCGUGCCCGCCGUGGCGCCGCCCACGUCCAUCCUGGAUCUUCGCUUCAACAGGAUCCGAGAGCUCCAUCCCGGGGCCUUCCAGAAGCUGAGGAGCCUGAACACGCUGCUUCUCAACAACAACCAGAUCAAGAGCAUACCCAGCGGGGCCUUCGAGGACUUAGAGAACCUGAAAUACCUCUAUUUGUACAAGAAUGAGAUCCAGUCAGUUGACAGGCAAGCGUUUAAGGGACUUGCCUCCCUAGAACAACUGUACCUGCACUUCAACCAGAUAGAGACCUUGGAUCCCGAGUCCUUCCAGCACCUGCCUAAGCUGGAGAGGCUGUUCCUGCAUAACAACCGGAUCACACACUUGGCCCCCGGGACGUUCAGUCACUUGGAGUCGAUGAAAAGAUUGCGCCUGGACUCCAACGCGCUCCGCUGCGAUUGCGAGAUCCUGUGGCUGGCCGACCUGCUCAAGGCCUACGCGCUCGGGAACGCGCAGGCCGCCGCCACCUGCGAGCACCCCCGCCGCAUCCAGGGCCGCUCCGUGGCCACCAUUACCCCCGAAGAGCUGGACUGUGAAAGACCCCGGAUCACCUCGGAGCCCCAGGACGCAGACGUCACCUUGGGAAACACCGUGUUCUUCACCUGCAGGGCCGAGGGCAACCCCAAGCCUGAGAUCAUCUGGCUCCGGAACAACAAUGAGCUGAGCAUGCGCUCGGACUCACGCCUCAACCUGCUGGGCGAUGGCACCCUGAUGAUCCAGAACACGCGGGAGACUGACCAGGGCGUGUACCAGUGCAUGGCCAAGAACGCGGCCGGGGAGGCCAAGACGCAGGAAGUGACCCUCAGGUACUUUGGGUCCCCAGCUCGGCCAGCCUUUGUGAUCCAGCCCCAGAACACGGAAGUGCUGGUGGGGGAGAGCGUCACACUGGAGUGCAGCGCCACCGGCCACCCCCCGCCGCACAUCAGCUGGACGAGGGGUGACCGCACACCGCUGCCCGAGGACCCGCGGGUCAGUAUCACACCGUCUGGUGGGCUGUACAUCCAGGAGGUGGUGCAGGAGGACAGCGGCGAGUACACCUGCUUCGCCACCAACAGCGUGGACCGGGUGCAGGCCUCCGCCCUCAUCAUCGUGCAAGCACUUCCUCAGUUCACCGUGACCCCCCAGGACAGAGUUGUCAUCGAGGGGCAGACGGUUGACUUCCAAUGUGAGGCCAAGGGCUACCCACAGCCGGUCAUCGCCUGGACCAAAGGAGGGAGCCAGCUCUCCGUGGACAGACGCCACCUGGUGCUGUCGUCCGGGACGCUGCGGAUCUCGGACGUCCGUCUGCACGACCAGGGCCAAUACGAGUGCCAGGCCGUCAAUAUCAUCGGCUCCCAGAGGGUCGUGGCCCACCUGACGGUGCAGCCCAGAGUCACCCCGGUGUUCACCAGCACCCCGAGCGACGUGACGGUGGAGGUGGGCUCCAACACGCAGCUGCCCUGCAGCGCACAGGGCGAGCCUGAGCCGGCCAUCACCUGGAACAAGGACGGGGUCCAGGUGACAGAAAGCGGGAAGUUUCACGUCAGCCCCGAGGGGUUUCUGACCAUCAAUGACGUGGGGACGGCGGAUGCCGGCCGCUACGAGUGCGUGGCCCGGAGCACCAUCGGGCAGGCGGCGGUCAGCGUGGUCCUCAGUGUGAACGUCCCUGAUGUCAGUCGGAACGGGGACCCCUUUGUGGCCACGUCCAUCGUGGAGGCCAUCGCGACUGUGGACAGAGCUAUCAACUCGACCCGCUCGCACCUGUUUGACAGCCGGCCACGCAGCCCCAAUGACCUCUUGGCCCUGUUCCGGUACCCGCGGGACCCCUACACCGUGGAGCAGGCACGUGCCGGCGAGAUCUUUGAGAGGACGCUGCAGCUGAUCCAGGAGCACGUGCGGCAUGGCCUCAUGGUGGACCUGAACGGAACCGGCUACCACUACAACGACCUGGUGUCCCCGCAGUACAUAGGCCUGAUCGCCAACCUGUCAGGCUGCACGGCCCACCGGCGUGUCAACAACUGCUCAGACAUGUGCUUCCACCAGAAGUACCGCACGCACGACGGCACCUGCAACAACCUGCAGCACCCUAUGUGGGGCGCCUCGCUCACCGCCUUCGAGCGUCUGCUCACCGCCGUGUACGAGAACGGCUUCAACACGCCGCGCGGCGUCAGCCCCGAGCGGCGCUACCAUGGGCACCCGCUGCCCAUGCCGCGCCUGGUCUCCACUGCGCUCAUUGGCACCGAGGCCGUGACCCCCGACGCCCAGUUCACACACAUGCUGAUGCAGUGGGGCCAGUUCCUGGACCACGACCUGGACUCCACGGUGGCUGCCCUGAGCCAGGCCCGCUUCUCUGACGGCCAGCACUGCAGCUCCGUGUGCGGCAACGAGCCGCCCUGCUUCUCACUGGCCAUCCCACCCAAUGACCCACGCGUGCGGGGCGGCGCCCGCUGCAUGUUCUUCGUGCGCUCCAGUCCUGUGUGUGGCAGCGGCAUGACCUCACUGCUCAUGAAUGCUGUGCUGCCCCGCGAGCAGAUCAACCAGCUCACCUCCUACAUCGACGCCUCCAAUGUGUAUGGUAGCUCGGAGCACGAGGCCCGCCUGCUGCGGGACCUGGCCGGCCAGCGCGGGCUGCUGCGCCAGGGCGUCGUGCAGCGGUCCGGCAAGCCACUGCUGCCCUUCGCUGCGGGGCCGCCCACCGAGUGCAUGCGGGACGAGAAUGAGAGCCCCAUCCCCUGCUUCCUGGCCGGUGACCACCGGGCCAACGAGCAGCUGGCGCUCACCAGCAUGCACACGCUGUGGUUCCGCGAGCACAACCGCGUGGCGGCCGAGCUGCUGGCGCUGAACCCCCACUGGGAUGGCGACACGUUGUACCAUGAGGCCCGCAAGGUGGUGGGCGCCCAGAUGCAGCACAUCACCUACACACACUGGCUGCCCAAGGUGCUGGGCGAGGCGGGCAUGCGCAUGCUGGGCGCCUACCGUGGUUACCAGCCCGGCGUGAACGCCGGCAUCUUCAAUGCCUUCGCCACGGCCGCCUUCCGCUUCGGCCACACACUCAUCAACCCCGUGCUGCAGCGGCUGGACGAGAACUUCCGGCCCAUCCCGCAGGGCCACGUGCCGCUGCACAAGGCCUUCUUCUCACCCUUCCGCCUGGUGGGCGAGGGUGGCAUCGACCCGCUGCUGCGUGGCCUAUUCGGCGUGGCGGGCAAGAUGCGGGUGCCCUCGCAGCUGCUCAACACCGAGCUGACCGAGCGCCUCUUCUCCAUGGCGCACGCCGUGGCCCUAGACCUGGCGGCCAUCAACAUCCAGCGCGGCCGGGACCACGGCAUCCCGCCCUACCACGACUUCCGCGUCUAUUGCAACCUGUCCACUGCCCACUCCUUUGAAGACCUCAAGAACGAGAUCAAGGACCCCGAGAUCCGGGAGAAACUGAGGCGGCUGUACGGCUCCCCCCUGAACAUCGACUUGUUCCCCGCCCUCAUCGUGGAAGAUCUGGUUCCCGGCAGCCGCCUGGGGCCCACCUUGAUGUGUCUGCUGAGCACCCAGUUCAGGCGUCUGCGCGACGGGGACAGGCUGUGGUAUGAGAACCCAGGGGUCUUCUCCCCGGCCCAGCUGACGCAGAUCCGGCAGGCGUCCCUGGCCCGCAUCCUGUGCGACAACUCGGACAACAUCACGCGGGUGCAGCGCGACGUCUUCCGCGUGGCCGAGUUCCCCCACGGCUACAGCAGCUGCGAUGAGAUCCCCCGUGUGGACCUGCGGGUGUGGCAGGACUGCUGUGAAGACUGCAGGACCCGGGGGCAGUUCAACGCCUUCUCAUACCACUUCCGAGGCAGACGGUCUCUGGACGUCAGCUACCAGGACGACAGGCCGAUCGAGGGAGCCGGGGACCAGCGGGGCCCACGCGCGAGCAGCCACAUGGGGAAGCACCGCGAGCGCCCCAGCAAUGCCACGGACCCCGCCCUCGAGCACCUGAAGGCCCCAGGGACCAGCGACUUCAAGGAGUUCGUUCUGGAGAUGCAGAAGACCAUCACGGACCUGAGAAGACAGAUCAAGAAGCUCGAGUCCCGGCUCAGCACUUCUGAGUGUGCCGAUGCAGAUGGCGAGCCCCACGCCGAGGGCUCCUCGUGGAAGAAGGACGCGUGCACUGCCUGCGAGUGCCACGACGGGCACAUCACCUGCUUCGUGGAGGCCUGCCGGCCGGCGGACUGCCCAACACCUGUGAGGCUGGAGGGAGAGUGCUGCCCGGUCUGCUUGCCGUCCAGUUCCGAGCAGCAGCCCUAGGCGCCAGGAGCUGCUGGCCCGUCGGUCCCGCCGUCCAGGACCGGAGUGGGAGGCCGCACCGGAGUGGGACAAGGAACCACCACGAACUGGCCCUCUGGCCUGGCCGGAGCCGUGGGGGCUGCCGUGGGGCCGGGCAAGACUGCGCGGGGGUGGGGUGGGGUGGGCAGACACGUGUCCUAACUCACGUUAGAUUUCUCAGGUUUAUUUAAUUUUCUAAUGAAAAACUGGUGCUUCUAUUAAAUCGCACAGUUAAGCCACACCUGCUCCUCCAU